CUUUUCUAAAGAUUCUAUUCACGCUUUUAUAAAUAGCUAUGCGUACAGUUGAUCUGAUGAUCUUUACGUAGUAGGUACCUGCUUAUUUCUUGACCAACCCAACCAGGAGUAGUGAUGCUGCCGAUGAUAUUGAUGAAUCAACUCCCCUUGCCCUCCAGCUACGCAGCCAUGAGUAGAGGUGGAAGCUACGGUGGGAGGCAGAGUUCCUUAGGAUAUCUUUUUGGGUCUGAAGAGCAACCAACUCCACCGCCUUCCCGGAUUGCCAACCUACCCCCAUAUGGGAUUGAUACUAUCUCCGAGGAGAAGCCUCCGAGCAAUUCUUCAUCUGAGAAACAAAAGGUCUCAAACAACUAUCACCGAGCUCAAGGCCAGAAUUCUGGCAACUUUAUUACUGAUCGACCUUCUACAAAAGUCAAGUCGGUGCCUGGAGGAGAUUCAUCUCUUGGGUAUCUCUUUGGAGAUAAGUAAUGUUUCUUAAUUUCUCCAGUUAUAUAUAUAAUAAGGGAUUUCAGGGAAAACAGUUAAAACAAAAUAAAAGAGGGUUAUCAGCUCAUAUCCCAUUAUUGUUGAUGAAAUUUUAAGUGUAGAAUAUGUGUCUGUCCUGCAAAUUGUAGUUAAGCAAAUUAGAGUAUUAGACAGCUUUGUGUGAUUUGUCUAUAUAAUAAGGGAAGGAUGUUUCUGUUCUUUCCUUUUAAAC